AUGAAACGUCAGCUCUUGCUCGGUUCCAUCCAAAAUCCGUCAAUUUACAUAAUAGCAAUUACCAUCUCGUCGAUAAGAAACCCGAGUUUUGCAAGCCUCGAUAGCGAGCGAGUGGGCUGGCACGUUGUUGUUGCGGCGGUGAUCCUAGGCUUCGUCCGCUCCUUGAACCAGGGUGGCAAGGCGGGCAACAUUAACAGACUCGCGUGCCAUUCCCUUCAUGAAGGGCAUCCGAAUUAUAUAUCGGUGAAUAUCGCUGUUAUGUACUGGAAAUGA